AUGGCCCAAACAUGUCAGCUAAAAGCCUUGCUUCAGGUUACUGCGGCUAAGAUGGAUAUUGAAGAUGGACUUCUUGAGCACUACCUGAAUCAGGUUGUGAAAGUAGUACGUUCGUCUGACUUGUCAAAAGCACUCACAGAAGAAUUCAUAUUAUCUGUCAAGUGCUUAAUUAACAUUUGUUCAGCUCUUCAAGGAACACGUCUUUUAUCGACUGUGCUGUCAACUCAAGAAAAGCGUGAAGAGUUCACUCGGAUCCUUACUACCCUCUCUUUGGAUAAUUCUAGAAGUCAUGCUGAUUUAGCGUCUCUAAUUAUUGACUUGAUUUCAAAUUUGACUAGAGAUCCUGUUUGGUUGGGUCAUUUCGGUGAACAUUUUGAUAACAAACAUAUUAGAUCGAUCCUCAGCUCAGGUUCUUCUAUCCAGAAGUUUCUCCCAUACUUAACCUAA